AGUGCCCGGAUGCAGCGGGAGGAGGCGCUGCCGCCAUAUUUGCCCGGAGAGCAGCGAGCUGGUAGCUGCGGAGCCCCCCGGACCCAUCGGCUGCCAUCCGCCCCGCGCAGUCCCCGCCGCCGCCCCGCCCGUAGGACAUGGACGAUCGGGAGGACCUCGUCUAUCAGGCCAAGUUGGCUGAGCAGGCUGAGCGCUACGAUGAAAUGGUUGAAUCAAUGAAGAAGGUGGCUGGAAUGGAUGUGGAGUUGACAGUGGAAGAAAGAAACCUGCUUUCUGUUGCAUAUAAAAACGUGAUUGGAGCCAGGAGAGCUUCCUGGAGAAUAAUCAGCAGCAUUGAACAGAAAGAAGAAAACAAAGGUGGAGAAGACAAAUUAAAAAUGAUUCGGGAAUAUCGGCAAAUGGUUGAGACUGAACUGAAGUUAAUCUGUUGUGACAUUCUGGAUGUACUGGACAAACACCUCAUUCCAGCAGCUAACACUGGCGAGUCCAAGGUUUUCUAUUACAAAAUGAAGGGGGACUACCAUAGGUAUCUGGCUGAGUUUGCCACAGGAAAUGACAGGAAGGAGGCUGCAGAGAACAGCUUGGUGGCUUACAAAGCUGCUAGUGAUAUUGCAAUGACAGAACUCCCACCAACACAUCCCAUCCGCUUAGGACUUGCGCUCAACUUCUCUGUAUUCUACUAUGAAAUUCUUAAUUCUCCUGAUCGUGCCUGCAGGUUGGCAAAAGCAGCUUUCGAUGAUGCUAUUGCAGAACUGGAUACACUGAGUGAAGAAAGCUAUAAGGACUCUACACUUAUCAUGCAGUUGUUACGUGAUAACCUGACACUAUGGACUUCAGACAUGCAGGGUGAUGGUGAAGAACAGAAUAAAGAAGCGUUGCAGGAUGUGGAAGAUGAAAACCAGUGAGACACAAAGGCCAACAAGAGAACCCAUCUCUGACCACCCUCCCCCUUCCCCACAAAAACCCUCAGUGUCACUCUGAGAACCACCAAAUCUGACUUUUACAUUGGGUCUCAGAAUUUAGGUUCCUGCCCUGUUGGGUUUCUUUAUUUUUAUUUUUUUUUACACAGUUUAAAAGUUCUUAAAGGCAAGAGUGAAUUUCUGUGGAUUUUACUGGUGCCAGCUUUUAGGUUCUUUAAGACACUAACAGGACUGCGUAAAGGCUCUUUCAGCAUUACUGUAUUGUCUCUGCCAGCUGUGGUGACAUUGCCAUCAGACCUGGAUGUGACACCUGAAGGCCGUGUAGGGAGAGAUUGGUCCUGGCCAGGUAGUGCUCAUGUGGUGGCAUUUUUCUUUUUUUUAUAACUGUUUAAACUGAAUUUUAUACCAAUGUUUCAACUUAAUUGGGUGUUUAGCUUGAAGUUGCGAGGUUGCAUUUGGGACAUUUAUUGUAGUGGUUUUACUGUAUAAAAACAAAAAAGUUUCCAAACUGCUGAAAUGUUGCUGAAAAUCAUGGUGCUGGUAACAGUUCAACAAUCCGUGGCUGCUCAUUCUUGCCUGUUCUUUACUUUCCCUCCAAGCAGGUUAGCAUUGAAGGUGGCAUUGAUAAGCCUGCAUGCGUGUUCAAUAUUUUUUCUUUUCUCCCUCCCCUCUCCCCAUCUCCCUUCGCUCGCUCAACCUCUUUUGUUCAGUAUGUGUAACUUGAAGCUAAUUUGUACUACUGGAUAUCUGACUGGAGCCACAGAUACAGAAUCUGUAUUGUUCUUACUGAAACACAGCAUGGAAUUAACAUUAAACUUAAAUAAAACAAACCUAAAUUAAAAACGCCAA